CCGCCCGCCAUGGAGCGUCACAAGCAGGCCGUCGGCAAGAUCGCCGCCGCCGUGCGCGGCUACUUCGAGCGCCGCGAGCCCUACCGCAUCUUCCACGGCUCGACCAACAGCACGCGGCCGCAGCAGCACGCCCGCGCCGUCGACAUCAGCGCCCUCGCCAACGUGCUGAGCGUCGACGUGGCCGCCCGCACCGCCCUCGUCGAGCCCAACGUGCCCAUGGACCGCCUCGUCGAGUCCACCCUGCGCCACGGCCUCGUGCCGCCCGUCGUCAUGGAGUUCCCCGGCAUCACGGCUGGCGGCGGCUUCGCGGGCACGGCCGGCGAGAGCUCCUCGUUCAAGCACGGCUUCUUCAACGACACCAUCAACUCGGUCGAGAUGGUGCUCGGCAACGGCGACGUCGUCACCGCGUCCCGCGAGGAGCGUGCCGACCUGUUCCGCGGCGCUGCCGGCGCUGUCGGCACCCUUGGCGUCACCACGCUGAUCGAGCUGCAGCUGAUGGAGGCCAAGAAGUUUGUCAAGACGACGUACCACCGCACCAACAGCGUGGCCGAGGCCGUCGCCCGCGUCCGCGCCGAAGCCGAGAACCCGGCCAACGACUACGUCGACGGCAUCCUCUUCUCCAAGGACCACGGCGUCAUCGUCACCGGCGAGCUGACCAACGAGAAGCCUGCCGACCAGUCCAUCCAGACCUUCAGCGGCGCUUGGGACCCGUGGUACUACCUCCACGUCCAGGACCGCACCCGCGACGCUCCCUCCGCCGGCCCGGCCGCCGUUCAAUCGUCCGAAUCCUCGUCCCCCGUCGACUACAUCCCCCUCCCCGAAUACCUGUUCCGCUACGACCGUGGCGGCUUCUGGGUAGGCGUCGCCGGCUUCACCUACUUCAAGGGCGUGCCAUUCAACCGCUUCUUCCGCUGGUUCCUCGACGACUUCCUCCACACCCGCAUGUUGUACCGCGCCCUCCACGCCUCGGGUGAGUCGGCCCGCUUCAUCGUCCAGGACCUCGGCCUCCCCUAUCGCACCGCCGAGAAGUUUGUCGACUACACCGCCGAGAACUUCAACAUCUGGCCGCUGUGGCUCUGCCCCCUCAAGCAGACCGCGCCGCCGACUUUCCACCCGCACACGGGCGAGACCGAGACUGCCGCCGACGGCACCGUCACCACCCCUCCCUCGCUGAACAUCGGCCUCUGGGGCUGGGGCCCCGUCGACCAGGACGAGUUCGUCGCCAAGAACCGCGCCCUCGAGGCCAAGCUCGCUGAGCUGGGGGGCAUGAAGUGGCUGUACGCGCACACCUACUACGACGAGGACGACUUCUGGAAGGUGUACGGCAACCGCCCGUGGUACGACGCCCUGCGCGAGAAAUACCACGCUGCCACGCUGCCCACCGUCUACAACAAGGUCAAGGUCGACGUCGAGGCCCGCAAGGAGCAGAGCCGCCGCCUGAAGCAGUCCCUCAAGGGCCAGCGGCCUUUCGGCGGCCUGUACGGCAUCUGGAAGAGCAUCACGAGCAAGGACUACAUGCUGCACCGAAGAGCGGAGUGGAAGUACAAGGAGGAGAAAUAGACGACGAAUUGAGCAUUGGGAUACCCUGGAUAGGUGAAAAGAUGGAUGAGAAUAAAAGACGAUUGAAGGAAAGGUCUCAUGUAUGGUUGUACGACAUAUGGCAAAAAGAUAAGGGCUGCAACUUCGUUUGGCUUGGAUAGAACGUAACAAUAUUAGAACGUCACUCAAGAGACAAAUAGACCAGCGUGUACAAUACUGAAGCAACAGGCACAAAAAGCAUACAGUAAUAGAA